AUGGGGCUUGAUGUUCCUAGAAACACCCAUAAUCAAUUUGGGUCAAAUGUCACUCUAGUAAACGUGGACAUGUUUCCUGGCCUCAACACUCUAGGGAUAGCGUUGGCUCGUGUUGACUAUGCACCAUAUGGCCUAAAUCCUCCCCACAUUCACCCUCGUGCCACCGAGCUUUUGACAGUCAUAGAGGGUACACUUCUAGUUGGCUUUGUCACAUCCAAUCCUAAUAAUCGGCGUGUAUUUCCAAUGGGUCUCAUCCACUUUCAGUUCAAUAUAGGAGAGACCAAUUCCGUUGCAUUUUCUAGUCUCGAUAGCCAAAAUCCUGGGCUUAUCACAAUAGCAAAUGCAACUUUUGGAUCUAAUCCUCCUAUCAAUCCUUAUGUUCUUGCCAAGGCAUUCCAACUCGACAAAAGUGUGAUGAAUUAUCUUCAACAAAAAAUCUAG